UUGCGAUAGAGUUUGACGGUAACACUCGAUACUCAUGAGGAGGGGAAUGCCAAAGGACAAGAACUAGGAGAUGUCACUCCUGUGCCAUAUCCUUGAUUGGUUUGAUUUGAAAGAAAGUAUAUCUAGCACGUGAAUGAAGAUGCCCUUCUCCAUGAGCUCUUUAUGACGAUAGUCUCGGAUAUCUGAAUUGAAGUUGGCAUGUGAAUAGGAGAAGUGUUCACUCCUUCAGAAGCUUCAUUAAAUCUCUGGCCAUCUGUCAUUCAUUGGUACUAACUCCAGUAUCUGCAGGACCGUCCGACGCUUGUCACUCAGGAUUUAAAAAUCUUCAAAAUGCCACGACUGACAACAUUCUCAAAACAACCCCUUAAACAACCCCUUAAAGCUUCAACAUCCCCUUAAACAACCCCUUAAAUAAACAACGCCUUAAAUAAACAACCCCUUAACGUGAACCAGGAUUUGAGUCAGUCGUGCCCGUUUUUAAAGCCUGAGUGAAAACCGUCGGACGGUCCAGGAGAGGGCUGAUAGAGAUGUCCCCCCACUAUUAUGCGUAGUAUUAUAGUCUGGUACUAGACGAAGGUUAUCAGAUUACAAGCUUGUUGGUCUGUGACGAUAGUCCAAUGGCUCCAAUGAAUCUGUCAAUUGUCUUCCUCGAAUGCACAUUUCUGUUCUGAUGCUUUUACAGCUCAGCUGGUUUCUCGCUGGCUGAGUUCGUGGUGUUGGCGUGUGGGCCUCCCUUUCGAAGCUCACACCUCCAGCAGAGACCGUCAAAAAGAGCUGGUGCCUACCUCUCGUCGCGGUGAGUAGCAAUAGCUGCGAAGUGUUUCGUCGCGGCAUGGAAUUUAUUUGCGGCUGCGGAUAUGCUGGCCCCGACGCCAUUGUGUUUCUUUGCCGCUGGAUGUUGUCGCAAACGGAGUUGAUUAGAGCCAUCGGAAAUCGAACGACCAUGGUCAUCUCUCGGCUUCUCUCGCGAAAGGCGCGCGAUGAUUCCCGUGUCAAUGCCGGAUUCCUUUGCUCGGGCUUUGUGGUACUAACUUCUACGCGCCCGAAGGAUCGAGGGAAUUCGUGACUCAGGUCUUUGAUUUUGUCGUACCAGUGACUCUCACCACGCUCAUUGUCCUUUUCUUGCUCUGCGGAUCAGCAGUUUUCCCCCAGAGAGACACACUGUUUGCUUCUGCUCUUGGUCAACCUCUUCAUACACACACACACACACACAAACAAUAGUCUACCAUGUCGCUGAAGCGGAUCAACAAAGAACUAGUGGAUUUGGGGAAGGACCCUCCGGCCAAUUGCUCGGCAGGUCCAGUUGGUGACGAUAUGUUUCACUGGCAAGCUACUAUCAUGGGACCCGAUGACUCGCCAUAUGCAGGAGGAGUGUUCUUUCUAGACAUUCACUUUCCAGCCGAUUAUCCUUUCAAGCCACCUAAGGUCCAUUUCACUACUCGGAUCUACCAUUGUAACAUCAACUCCAACGGUGGAAUUUGUUUGGACAUUUUGAAGGACCAAUGGAGUCCGGCAUUGACCAUCAGCAAGGUCCUCCUAUCCAUUUGCUCCCUUCUUACCGAUCCCAACCCAGAUGAUCCUCUCGUUCCAGAUAUCGCUCAACUGCUGAAAACAGACAAAGCCAGGCACGACAGUACUGCUCGGGAAUGGACUUCCAAGUAUGCAAUGUAGCUCCUGGUCUCUCCUACGGCGUUUCUCUUUAUUCCCUGGUGGAAACUAAAACGAGGAGUGAACGUACCGAAACUAAAAUUGCGAACGGAACUAUGGUAGAAUGAACAUCUGGAAAAUUGAACGAAAACGUCGGAACGACCCGAGUAUUAUUUGUUGAGCCUUUCACUGUGCUGUGUUUUGCCUGUUUUCUUGCUCGGGCGCCGGUGGCUUUUGGAUGGAUGGAUUGGAUUGUGGGUGCUUAGGAUGAAGCAGGGAAGGCGAGUGAAGUGGAAUGGAGUACAGUUUACAUACCGCGCGAUCGGUCGACUUCCUGGGUCUUUCUAGAAAAAAUAGUAUGUAAACACUUCGUCGUACACAUUUCCUGUCCCGAGGAUUCCUGCGUCUCCAGCGGAAGGUUAUUGUACAUGUAGCUGUAGCAUGCCAUUACCCGUACCAAAGGGGGGGGGGGGCAAAAGACCUCCGCAGUGGUGUUCGUUGGGCUGCGAUGGUCAGAGGUGGACCUGGGCCAUGCAAAGGAGUAACCGAGGCGGCUUGUUCUAUGGUACUAGCCUAGCUAGCCAGUUGCAGCUUGUGGGGUGUCUCACACUGGCAUGUACCGUACUCCAUUCUAACCACUACUCGGUAGAUACUCCUUGCGGCGACUCCAGGACGGUAUUGAUUGUUUGAUUGUCAAGUACUAGCCUAGCAAGGAUCAUACCGUAUAUUCCUUGCACGGAAAGCAAGCGACGCAGCGGGCUGAACUGCCGAGAGCGGCCAGCCCUAUAGCUCUGGACAGCUGCCUUGUGCACACUUCAGAGUGCAGUUACAACGUGUGCUUCUGGUUGAUACCCACUCUCAUUGCCCUGACCCCGUUUCUCUGCGGGUCACUAGCAAAUGGAUAAAGGUUGGGUGCUGCCGUACCGUAUGGCAUCCAUGACGUUCGGAAGUAUGGUGUCGCUUUUAGCUACCGGUAUGUAUGCACCUGGUACAGUACCGGUAGCUAGCUAGAAUGAGAGAAGUGCAUCUUAUUUCGAAAGGAACUUCAGAUACCGGUAUAGACACGGCAUCACGAGACCGCACAUAAUAGUUUUGGCUACCUUGUCGAACUAACUGAACUGCCUUCGCGAUUGAUGUUGCUACAUGUACCUGCGAAGACGAUGUGGUGAAGCUAGCUAGAUAGUUGCUACCACUAGUGGGGAGGACAAAAUCAAUUGAGAAUAAUGAGUGAAUAUUAGUAGUGAAAAGAACUAGCUGAAAAA